AGAUACAAGUCCAAAUCGUGACAUUAAUUUCUGUUGAAAUUUAUUAAUUCCGGACCCAAGCUUCCUCUUUUUCUCUCUCCUCCCUUUGUCUGUGUGUUUGAGUGAGAGAAGUAAGGAAGAAAUGCAUACGCAGGAAGCAACAAUUGAUGGUGAGAACAAUGAGAUGAAAGCAGAUGAAGUUCUACAAUCGGAGUCGCAAAGUAAUGAAAUCAAAUGCGGGCAGAAUAAUGGCAAGGAGAAUUCUGUGGAACAACACAAACUCUCUCUCAUGAAACUUAUUGUUGUUCGUGGAGAUCCCUCUGCUAAGGAAGCAGAUGACUUGAUGUUGAGGAGAUUCUUAAGAGCCCGGGACUUGGACGUGGAAAAAGCAGCCGGUUUGUUCUUGAGGUAUCUGAAAUGGAGGAGGACAUUUGUACCCAAUGGUUCUAUCUCCGAGGCAGAGAUACAGUAUGAUCUCGGCCACAAGAAAAUGUUUCUUCAAGGCUUUGAUAAACAAGGUCGCCCAAUUAAUGUAGUCUUUGGAGCUAAACACUUCCAAAAUCCUAAAUCAGGGGGUCUUGAUGAGUUCAAGCGUUUCUGUGUCUAUUCUCUUGACAAAAUAUGCUCAAGGAUGCCCCCUGGACAGGAAAAGUAUCUGGGAAUUGCAGAUCUUCAAGGAUGGGGAUAUUCUAACACAGACGUCCGUGCAUAUAUUGGGGUUCUCUCUCUUCUGCAGGAAUGCUACCCAGAAAGAUUGGGGAAGAUGCUGAUAGUUCACGCCCCGAAAAUCUUUAUGGCAGUGUGGAAGAUUAUCUACCCUUUCAUAGAUGAAAAAACCAAGACUAAGAUGGUAUUCGUGGAGAAUAAACGCCUAAAAUCAACCUUGCUAGAAGACAUUGAUGAGAGCCAGCUUCCUGAAAUAUAUGGAGGCAAACUGCCGCUGGUACCAAUUCAAGAUGCCUGACAAUAAUUAGCACAACAAAGUCAGACUUCAGGAAACCAGAAUUUUCAAAGAAACCAGCAACAUGAAUACUCAACACAGCAGAAAACCGGCAUAAUCAACAGCAGGACAUGAACCUUUCUCGUUUGUGCUGAAUCAUGGAAUUCUAGAGUUUUCUGACUGUAUGAAGAUAUGUAUCAUACUACGGCUCAUGCAAUAAUAUCAGUAGAAUAGAUUAAAUUUCUGUUAGUUCUUAGAAGAGACGGUAUAUUCUACCACUUUGAUGCAAAUAUGAGUUUCAGUAAACUGUUACAAGUAUCUACAUUCAUGAAAUCCAUUUACAAGAUGUAUUUCAUAUCCA